CACAAAAUCAAGUUUGUCCCAGACGUUAAGAUUAUGGACAUAUUUAUUACUAAUGGUAUUCUAGAUGUGUCAAUGGCUUUUAUUUAAUGUCUACACAACUGUCAUUGUUUUUAUUGAUGGACCAAUGUGAUAAGACAAAACAUAUUGACGGAAUGCGAGUUUUCUAUCGAGGAACCAUUAUUAAGCAGAUAUAAUGCAUACAUUUAUAUUUCUAAUAUUAAUCAUUGGGAACACAAGAGCUUUGAUAGAGGAAAUACCACUUCCAAAUGAGCUCAGCAUUUGUUUUGAAUCCCUGAGCAGAAAAAAUGACAUGACAAAAGUACCAUGCACAGAAAUCCAAUGGCUCUGUAUGCAAAAAAGUCUGUGGAGACUUGUUGAUCACAGCAUCAUGAAUAUAUCCGAUGCUGACAGAAAAUGGAUAGAUGCCAUACUUCAAAUUCCAGAUUUUAGAAGUGCUACAAGUGCCGCUGCUGCUGCCUCAACAGCAGGAACCGGAACUGCAACGGCGACUGCAACAGGAAGUGGUAGAAAAAGGCGCCAAGCUGCAGCUUCACUGCGCAUUCGAACAGAGUAUCGAAUGUUGAAUGACCUUGAGAGGGAUCAAUAUCACCGUGCAGUUAAUACACUGAAGCAGCUCCCUAUAGGAAAUGUAUCUAGGUAUGAUUUCAUAGCCAACAUCCACCGUGGAGACGCCAUUCCAGUGGCUCAUUUCAGUCCAAACUUUCUAGGAUGGAACAGAGUUUACCUUUUGAUAUACGAGAAUGCUUUGCGCCAAAUAGACCCUACAGUAACUGUGCCAUACUUUGCGUCAGACUUGGACGAUCCGCUGGAGGACCCAACACAUAGUGUCAUCUGGUCAGACAUAUUUUUGGGUAAUGGUGAUGGUGUGGUUAGAUCUGGUCCGUAUGGGAACUGGAAAACACCGUCCGGACCUCUGGUCAGAAACAUUGGUAGCAUGGGCCAGCUUUUAUCAAGUAGCAGAAUUGGACGUAUAUUGAGUAAAAAUCGAACAGAAGAUAUAUCUGAACCAACAGCUCCUUACGACACAAAUCUUGAACGACAACAGUAUUUGGUGAACCGAUGGAUUGGUGGAGGUGGUGGACAAAUGUCAGACCUGAAUUCCGCUGCGCAUGAUCCAGCCUACUUUAACCAUCUUGCUUAUGUAGACUAUAUUUGGGAACAGUUUCGAAUGUUACAACGUCAACAAGGUAUCAAUCCUGCCAAGGAUUACCCUGUUGGGCGGGGAAUACCAAUUACUACUGAACCAAUAGGCUUUGGAACUCUUCAAAAUAUAGACGGUUACAGUAGUUACUUCACGGAGGCCGUUUACACAUAUGAAUACCUACCAGAAUGUUCAAUUGACCAUACAGAUUGUGGAUCAGUCUAUCUUAGGUGUGAUACCACUGUACAUGUUCCUCGAUGUGUUUCACUCACUCGACACGAAUGGAACUUACAUCUAAAGGCAACUGGUCAACUAGGUACUAGUCCUAGUUUGGGAGGAUUCAGCUUCGGCCAGAGUGCCCUUCCAUUGCAAACAGAUAAUAAGCAGUGUCCAUCGUCCGAUAGAGGUAUACAGAAUAGAUACAGAGUGGAUGAUAUGACGGAUAUAAGAGAAUGGGUGUAUAUUCCCGUAGAGAUCCUCAGUAGAAGACCUCCUGAAAAAGCGAUUUAUGAUUCCUACCCAGUUUUUCAUAGUAACGUUAUUUACGACGGCGAUGUCUAUUCACCAGAUGCCUACCGUGUGUUAAGAAACACUUUACACACUGUACGAUUGGGAAAAUAUGACUACUGUAAAGACACGUCGUCAAAUGCUGGUAAAAUAUUUAUCAAAUCUGAGGGACUUAAUUAUUAUGGUUCUUACCAGGAAUAUGCAAUCGUUGACAACAGACUGGCCCUGUCGUCUUCAACAGCGUAUGUGGCGGUUAGGUCACCAGAGCUAGGAAUGACACAAACCCUCAUUACUGCACAUGACUCAUGUGGCAGGAUGUGUUCUGCGUACUGCAAAAUUAAAGGUCGAAGUGAAUACCAACCAUGUCAUGGAGCAUUGCAGAUGACUUCUGCAACACCGAAACAGUACAGUGUGAAUUUCGGUGAAGUAAUUGAGAAUACUUGGGAAUUUUAUAAAAAAAGGUAUUUUCCAAAAGUGAAAGAAGACAAUGUUUUUAUAAAGUUUUUCUGUAGUUAUAACGAAUACUGGCCAAAGAAGAUAGAAAAAUCACCAACCGUCAUGUCAUCAACGAAAACCAGUAAUCAGAAGAUGCAUCAACUAAAGAGUUCCGCUGUCCAAGGAUCAGUUAAAAAGACUUUUAAUGAAGUUAAACCAUCCAUUCGACUUAAUACUGGAGUACAGCCACAGAACACAAAUACUGUAUCACUGCCACAAAGGACCAAUACUGAACCUCAGUUGAGGACCAAUAGUGCACCCCAACAAAGAACCAAUAUUGCACCUCAACAGAGAACCAAUACUGCACCUCAGCAGAGAACUAAUACUGGAUCCCAGCAGAGAACCAAUACUGCACCUCAGCAGAGAACUAAUACUGCAUCUCAACAAAUGUCUAAUACUGUACCCCAGCAAAGAACCAAUACUGCAACACAGCAAAGAACCAAUACUGCACCUCAGCUUAGAACCAAUACUGCACCCCAGCAAAUGGCUAAUACUGUACCCCAGCAAAGAACCAAUAACAUACCUCAACAAAGGAUGACUCAAAUGAAUUCACCACCAAUUGUAUCUUCAAAUAUGGGAGCAAACACACAUCAAAGCCAAAAUCAGAUGCUAUCUAAUUCAGGAUCCACACACAAUGCAGGUCAAGCAGGGAUACGAAAUCCAGGAUGUUUACUUGGACAUGGCUGUAUUGUUGCAGGCUCAUGCAGAACGUGUACACAUGGUCAGAAAAUAGCAUGCAUCAAAUCUUCAACAUUGUUUGCGCAUUGUCAAGGCACUUCAUUACUCAUCAGACGUUGCCUAUCCAAUAGUCGUUUUGAUUCUGUUACAGGCACAUGUACAAUGUAACUUAUCAGAUUGCAGUGAUGGCGUUAAGUUAAAAAAAAAAUGUUAUUAUAUGUAGUGAUCUAAAUAGUCACUGUUGUUGCUACACACAAGCACGAGUUGUAAACUUAUCACAUGGAACAACGAGAAUGAAAAGAAUUAAGAUGAAAACAUUUAACUCAGUUUCCAACGUGCUAAUGUAGCGAACAAUAUGUUUUGGCAUUACGUUAUUUUGUUAACGUUACACAUAUGUGACAUUGGACACAGUUCUCGCAUUAAAUAUUUCAUUUCUGUAAUUUAAAUUAGGAUUUAAAGUAUCCUUAAUGGAGUAUUUUAAUCAAAUACUUAACAAGCGUGUACCGGUAUUUCUUACGAAAAAAGUCCUGGUUGAAAGUUUAAAGUAAAAAUUUGAAAACGACAUAAAUUAGUGCAUUAAAGAUUAUCCGAAACAGAAGCGCAUAUAUAUAUACUGGUAUAUAUAUGUAGGAUUAGAAACUUUUACAUAGUUACAAAGGUAGGAUAUACGUUACUCCUUUCUCAGAAGAGAACAGGUGCACAAACAAAAAAUUAAACAACUUGUAUGAUAAACCAUUGUGUUCUUAUAUUUGAUGAGGAAGAGUGUUGUUAUUUUUGUUUUAUUGAGCCCUUUCUUAUGUUUAUACAUGUAUGUUUUGGAAUAAAAUUCUAAAUAUUUUAAUGAAA